UCCAAAUUCUUCGGUCGCAUCCUUUUUGCUCGGAAUCGACAUAGCGGACGUUUGGACGACUCUUCAGCAGUGAACCCAACUGCAAAUUUAGUACCUGCGAAUGGCGGCGGUGGAGAACACCGCCUCCUAUUUCGUCGCCCUGCUCUACGCGUCACCAAGGUAUCACCAAGUGAUGUUGGGCGUCGAAUUUGUCGUGUUGUGCGAAGGAGUGCCCUCUUCCUACUCACUACCCUUCUCUUCGCUGUCUCGAUGAAUAUCUUUUUCAAUUCCAUCAAGUGGUUCUUCCACUUGCCCCAAAACUUGACAACUGGGAAUGGCACAGUGGAAAUUGACGGGGUAAGUCAAGUAGCCUCAAAGCCUCAUCUUUUGCUCUUGAAUUCGGUGGUGUCCCAGCAAAUUGCAAGGCAAUCAUUGUAG